CUCCUUGCUUCCCUGGAGCGGCUUAUGCCCAAUCGGUUCUCACAACUCCAGAGGCUGACCCUCAUCCACUGGAAGUCCCAGGUACAUACUGUGUUGAAGGUGAGUGCUCAAGGCUGCCCUGCACUACGGCUGUGACACUCGGGUGCCCAUUACUUGCAGAAAGUGGGCCAUGCACCAUGGGGCCCAACACUGUCCCAUGGGAAUACCUGCCUGGUUCUCCUUUUCUGUUGUGUCCAACAGGGAGGUGUCAGAAGCAGGAGCCCCCAGGUGGGCCUGGCAUGGGCAGAAAGGAGGUCAUAGCCGAGGCAGUAGAGUGGCACCAGUCACUAGUUUUUGUUGACCAUAGCCUGCCUUCCCCCAAUCCCACUGGGUAUUUAUCCUCUACAGCUGGUCAGCGAGUCCUGUCCUCGGCUCACCUUUCUCAAGCUUUCUGAUUGCCAUGGUGUGACUCCUAACACUCUGAUCAUGCUAGCCAGAGCCUGCCCCCAGCUCCACAGCUUGGACAUACAGCACUCCAUGGUGGAGUCCACAGCUGUGGUGAGCUUCUUAGAGGAGGUGGGGCCCCGAAUGCGAAAGCUGUGGCUGACCUACAGCUCCCAGACAACAGCCAUCUUGGGUGCACUGCUGGGCAGCUGCUGCCCCCAGCUCCAGCUCCUUGAGGUGAGCACGGGCAUCAACCGAAACAACACUCCCCUCCAGCUGCCUGUGGAGGCCCUUCAGAGAGGCUGCCCACAACUGCAGGUACUGCGGCUGCUGAACCUGAUGUGGCUGCCCAAACCUCCCGGGCGAUCGAUGACUCCUGGCCCAGGCUUCCCCAGCCUUGAGGAGCUCUGCCUCGCCGGCUCCACCUGCAACUUUGUGAGCAAUGAGGCUCUGGGCCGCCUGCUCCGAGGCUCCCCUAAUCUGCGCCUGCUGGAUCUUCGAGGCUGUGCUCGAAUCACACCUGCUGGCCUGCAUGAUCUGCCAUGUCAGGAGCUGGAGCAGCUUCAUCUGGGCCUGUAUGGCAUGUCAGACUGGCUGACUCUAGCCAAAGAGGGCAGCCCCCUGUUGACCCAUAAGUGGUGCCACUCUCUGCGGGAACUGGACUUGAGUGGCCAGGGCUUCAUUGAAAAAGACUUGGAGCAGGCCCUAGCUGCCUUCUCAGACACCCCUGGGGGCUCACACCCCGCCCUGAGCUCCCUCAACCUAAGAGGCACCCGGGUCACACCAGGCACAGUCAGCUCUGUGAUCAGCAGCUGCCCAGGCCUGCUGUACCUCAACCUGGAGUCCUGCCGCUGCCUUCCCCGGGGCCUGAAGCGCACCUACCGGGGCCCAGAGGAAGUCCAAUGGUGCCUGGAGCAGCUGCUCACCAUUCCCCUCUCCCCCAGCUAGGCAUCCUGGCCCUGCACCCUUUUCCAGUUUUGGAUGUUGGAACAUUUUGUUACAAUAAACAUUUUUUAAGGA